UGACAGAAAUCUACCAGAUGAGAUUGUGGUAAGAGCUCAUAAGCGUCUCUUUUUCUGACAGAGGAGAACGUAUUGUCACAGAGGAGAUGUGUGGUAGUUUAUGAACUAUUGAAGGACUGCAAUGAAGGAACUAUUUAAUCCUGCCUUUGGAAAAAAUAUAACUUUUGUGCGUCCAGCAUAUUUUAUAAUAAAUGGAUUUAUUGGCUUACCUAAUAUGAAGUACUACUAUAUAUUUCUCUUUUUCCUAUAUAUAAUAUCUGUGGUGGGUAACACAGCUGUAAUGGCUCUAAUAUAUCUAGAUCACAAUCUAAGAACUCCAAAGUAUGUUGCUGUUUUUAAUCUUGCUUUUGUUGAUCUGUUAGGGAGUUCUGCUCUGGUACCAAAAGUAAUUGAUGUCUUUCUGUUUAACCAUAACAUAAUUCCAUAUAAUGACUGUUUGACGUUCCUUUUUUUCUGCUACACUUGCCUUUCAAUGCAGUCUUUUAAUUUGGUUGCUCUCUCCUAUGACCGACUUGUUGCUAUCAUAUUUCCUCUUCACUAUCAAGUGAAAGUAACCCACAAGUCAAUGAUGUCUUUGAUUGCAUCUUUCUGGAUCUUUGUUAUUAUUGCUGUCUUAAUUUCAGUUGGCCUUCUAACAAGACUUUCCUUCUGUAAAUCUUUGGUUAUUAAGAGCUAUUUCUGUGACCACGGUCAGAUCUACAGACUUGCUUGCAAUGACAAUUUUCCAAAUGACGUGAUUGCAUUUUUUUAUCCUGUUGUUAUUUUUUGGAUUCCACUUGUUUUUAUCCUUUUAAGUUACCUAUAUAUUAGUUAUACUCUAGUUAAAGUGGCAACAUUUCAAGAGGGAAUCAAAGCCUUCAAGACAUGUGUAGCUCAUCUUUCAUUAGUAGUUGUCUAUUUUACUCCACUGUUGAUGACAUUUACACUGAUGGAAAAAAUACAUCCAAACAACAGGAUCAUAAACUUAUCUCUGACCUCUGUCCUGCCACCUAUGUUGAAUCCAAUCAUUUAUGUUCUACAGACACAUGAAAUCAGGGUAUCAAUGAAAAAAUUAUUUAAAAUAUUUUCUAAAACAAAAGUAAAGAUAAAGAAUUGUACAACAGCGUGA